AUGGGGAAGUAGGGAAAGUACAAUCACAAGCGCUCAGCCUCAUCCUCUUUCAGCAAGCUCUAUUGUCCGACUCUAUCCCUGACGUGGAGUAAAAAUAUAAAUGCUGGAAACGCAAGGGUACGGAUUUUUAUUAAAUGACGUCAUUCAUAAAUUAUUCAGACGACGGCACUUUUUGAUGAGAGGAACGGAGUGACACAUCUUGCCCGAGAACAUAAGAAACAAUCUUGGAUCGGCGUGUCCAGCUGUUGAGUUUCGCUCGACUUGAGCAAGUCUGACGUUAGUGUUCGAAGUUCGAACCCCGCGUGGCAAGCAAUGAAGCAAGCCGCUUAUUCGCCGCUGUAGACCGGCGGUGUGGACUUCCCAGUCCUCCGCUCCGGUGAUCCCACCCUGCUGAGAAAUGUGGCUGAACCCGGAGGAAGUGGCUCUGAAAAACGCGCUGAAGCUGUGGGUCACCGAGCGGAGCAACGACUUCUUCCUGCUGCAGAGGAGGAGAGGCCGCGGGGAACCCGCCGGGAAAAUAAGCGGCCUCCUGGUGGGGGCGCUAGACACGGUGCUGGACUCCAAUGCCAGGGUGACACCCUUCCGAAUCCUCCUCCAGAUCCCGGGCUCGCAGAUCAGUUGGAUCAUCGCUAGUGGAGCCACCAUGGAGGAAGUGAACAAGCACUGGGAUUGGCUGGCACACAACCUGCUGCACUCGCUGUCCGUCUUUGAGAACAAAGAGGACGGAGCCAGUUUUGUCCGAGGAAAAGUCAAGGGCCUGAUCGCGGAGGAGUCGCGCGGUCGCCAAGCUGCCCAGGAGGACGACCCGGAGAAGUUUCGCGAGGCUCUGCUGAAGUUCGAGCGCCACUUUAGACUGCCGUCGUCGGAGAAACUGGUCACCUUCUACUCGUGCUGCACAUGGAAGGGGCGGGUGCCGCGCCAGGGCCUGCUCUACCUCAGCAUCAACCACUUGGCCUUCUACUCAUUCCUGCUAGGCAAAGAAGUCAAGUUUGUGAUUCCCUGGGCGGAGGUGAUUCGGCUGGAGCGGGUCUCCGGCGGAUUCAUGACAGAGGGCAUCCGGGUGAGCACCAGGCAACGGCAACGGGACUUCUCCAUGUUCCUCAACUUGGACGAGGCUUUUGGGGUGGUGGGGCAGCUGGCCGACAUCGCCCUGCGUCGCUUGCUGGACAGCGAAGGCCUGGAGCUGGACCGGGUGCUGCAGCAGCCGGCUCGCAUCACCAAAAGGGUUCUGGAGGAGCAGGCGUUGCGAGAGUACGUUCUGGCCCUGUUCCGCCUCCCCCGCAGCGAGAGGCUCCACGAGGUGGCGUCGUGCGCCGUGUGGACGCCGCACGCCCGCUGCCACACGGCCGGCACGCUCUACACCACCGACAACUACUUGGGCUUCUCCAGCCGAGAGGAGGGCCAAUGCAUUCUCCUGAUACCCCUCACGGAGGUGGUGUCGGUGGAGAAGGCGGAGAGCACGUGCACGCUUCCCAACCCGGUGAUUGUGAGCGUGCGCUCCAAGAAGGCCUUCCAACUCAUCGAGCUGCAGGCGCGCGACGACCUGGUGGAGAGCCUGGACUGCAGGCUGCGCUCGCUGCACCUCAAGCAGUCGGCCUUUCGGACCAGCCGGCGUGCCAAGAGGACCUCGAGCUGCCACAAUCCUUACUACACCUUCUACUACGACACGGCGUGCUCGGAUGAAGAAGAGAUGGAGGAGCAGGUGCUUCGGAAUACCGUCAAUAGCGAAGCUCUCAUGACUGCCUUCCAUCACAACACCCCAGGAAGUAACAACAACGAGCAUACGGAGGUGCUGAAAGAGAAGAUGUGGGAGGAACACUUUGCCGAGUUUGGCCGUGGCGUCCACAUGUUUCGCACCGACAAGCUCCAGCGGCUGAUUGCUCUGGGCAUACCCGAGUCGCUUCGAGGCGAGCUCUGGAUGACGCUCUCGGACACGACUUCUGAUCUGGAUUCGGACCCGGGCUACUACGCAGCUUUGGUGCAGACAUCCAUGGGUCAGAGCAGCCUGACCACCGACGAAAUCGAGCGGGACCUCCACCGCUCCCUACCGGACCAUCCUGCCUUCCAGAACCCCACCGGCAUUUCGGCUCUCCGCCGCGUACUCACCGCCUACGCCCACCGUAACCCGAAGAUCGGAUACUGUCAAUCAAUGAACAUCUUGGCAUCCGUGCUGCUGCUGUACGCCAAAGAAGAAGAAGCUUUCUGGCUGUUGGUGGCCGUUUGUGAGCGGAUGCUUCCCGACUACUUCAACAGGAGGGUCAUCGGUGCUCAGGUGGACCAGUCGGUGUUCGAGCAGCUCAUCAGCGAGCGUCUCCCUGAUCUGGCUGAUCAUUUUCCGGACCUUUCCACAUUGUCGUCGGUGUCUCUGUCCUGGUUCCUGACCAUCUUUGUCAGCGUGCUGCCCUUCCAAAGUGCUGUGUGCGUGGUGGACUGGUUCUUCUUCCACGGCAUCAAGGCCAUCUUUCAGCUGGCUCUGGCCGUGUUGGAGUCCAACGCUGCCAGCCUCUGCGCCCGUGUGGAUGAUGGACAUGCACUUAUGGUCCUUGCAAGUUUUCUGGAGCAUGUUGGAAGUGACCAGUCGUCUCCUGGCGAGUUCUCUCAACCCCCUGCAAAUGGCAGCGGCAACAACAUGAUGGACGCUCCCGCUGUGGGCCAAGCUAACAUAACACAGCUCAUCACUGACGCCUAUGAAAGGUUCGGGGAUUUGACGGUGAGGAAGAUCGAGAGACUUCGCUGUCGACACAGAAUUCAAGUUCUGCAGGCACACGAGGACACAACCAAAGAAAACGCUUUAAGAGUGGUGACGCCAGAUGUUUCCAUCUCUGCGGAACACCUGGCUGACAUUUAUGACCUCUUCAAGACGGAACAUUUCAUCAGCCUAUACUGGGGCGACAUCAGCGCGGUGGCUGCGGCCGAGGCGGCGUCUUGGCGGCGCGGCGUCUCGUACUUGGAGCGCCAGUACCGACUGGACCUGCCGCAGUUCAAGAGCCUGUACGGGCUGCUGGCCCCUUGGCCGGCGGUGGGUUGCCAUGCCGACACUCUGGCCCACCGCACCUUCAAUUUGUUGGACUCGGACAGACAACAUCUGCUCUCGUUCAGGGACUUUGCCCUCUGGCUUGACACUUUGUACUGCGGGGAGCUGAGCGACAAGGUGAAGCUACUUUACCGUCUUCACUUACCACCCGCUCUGACGGACAGCGAGGAGCGCUCGUCCGAGAUGAACAUUCCUUCUGUAUCGUCUGACAGACCUCUCCGCGUGGGCGUGGCUUCCGAAAAGGCUGAUGGGAAAGAGGAGGCCAAGGACUACCAGGAGCAGCUAAAGCAGAUGCUGCGGGAUGUAGUCAUGGCCAAAGAGAAGGAGAAGGAUGUCCAGCAGCCGCUCCCCCUCAUGAAGCAGCACGAGUUCAUCCAGUUUUGUAAGACGCUGUGCAGCCUGUUCCACGGUGACCCCGAGGAGAACGAGCUCUUCCAGGCAAUCGCCAAAGUCACGAGCCUCGUCUUGCAAAUUGGCGAGGCCACUACCAGGCCCGCGGGACCGAACCGGGACCUUUCGGGGCCGCCAGACAGUGAGUGGACCAUUAGCCUGGCCCAGAUUCUGGCAUCUCUGCUGACUGAGCAAACGCUGGUCAACUUCUUGGAGCGGGCGUGCGAUCUGACGAGCCGCAUCGCCACCGCCAAAGAGAAGCAGUACCAGCAGAGGGCGCCGCUGCUCGCCCUGCAGCACGCCCAACGCUAAGACCACCUGACAUUCUGGUCCGACCUAGUAGACUGAGCGCAACUAACCGGACACGCCUUCCGUUUUUCACUGUGAGUCAAUUCUGAUGUUUUUCUACACAAAUAUUUUCUAACUUGAGUGUUUAAUGCAUGCACCUUCUCACUUUUUUGUUUUUUCAAUCUAGAGCCAAAAUGUGCAAAAACUUUUAUCAUGAAAGCAAAACACUGGAUUUGUCUUUUGAAAUAAAAUUGU